AAUAACUUUCUUCCGCGAGUCCUUUGUGAUUUAGUUUAAAUGACUGAUUUUUCAAUUAAAAAGCGUAUGAUUACGUUUUCACUAUCUUGUUUCCAUCUAACUGAUAUAUUAAUUAGUUAAUUCUCUUAUACCGCUAACCGUAUUUGCUUCAUAAACCACAAAAAUGGGUUCAACAAGUGAAAUAAUUCGUAAAAGCUUCUUCCUUGAACGAAUGGGAAAUAAAGAACAUUACAAAAUUCUAAAAUUCUCCAAUAAAAAGAAAUUACAACUAGGCCGAGAAUCAUCAAACAGAAUUGAUAUAACUUUAAGUAAAGCAAUUGUUUCGAAAAUACAUUGCCUUAUAGACUUCCAGGAUUGCAGAAUGUUUGUGACUGAUCUGAACAGCCGAAAUGGUACUUAUAUAAACAACAAAAGAAUUCAAAAUAGAACAGAAGUGUUUGAAAAUGAUAUUAUCGGAAUUGGAUUCAAUCCCUCAAAGGAUUCUGAAUUAGCAGAAUCUGAAAAACUCGUUUUCAAAGUAAAAACCAUGGAAACUGAAGUGGAAACAAUCAAUUUAGAUUCAAGUGAUGAUGAAUCUAUGACAGUUAGUAAUAAUACAAUAAGCAAUACAUGCAGCUUUGUCAACGAAUCUGAAGUUGUUUAUGAUGAUAAUUACUUUCUUAAUUUCAAUCCGAAUUAUUCAAAUCUGACUCUAAAGCCGGAAUGUUUUGUUAAACUAGAAAAACUUUCUGAUUCGGAAUUCUCCAAAUAUCUUGGAAAAGAUGAAGAUGAAGUAGAAGAACCAACAAAGCCAAAUGAAAAUGAACUUUUCGUUUCCGAACAUGCAGCUAUGAAUUCAUCUGAAAAGAAAGGAGAACUUUUUGAAAGUGAUGAGACAUUUCAACUUGUUGAGGUCAGCAUCAAAAUUAAGAAACUUUCUAAAGAGGAUAUAUUAUCAAUGAAAAGAAAUAUUAAAGAGGAAUUUACAAAAUCCCGUUCAAGUGAUAAACAACAACAAAAAUUCAAAGAAGAAUCUCCAAAAACAUCGCGGUACAAAUUAAUUGAUAGCGAAAGUGAUUCUGAUUCAAGUGAAGCAAGUAUAAAUAAACGAUUUAAAAGAAUCAAUAGCAAUCAUAAAAAUAUAUUUAAAAAGAAAAACAACAAUUUCUAUGUCAACAAAAAAAUGCUCAAUGAGCGAAGAGAAAAACUGAAACAAAUUGCUGAAGAAAGUUCAAAUAAAAAAACUGAGAAUGGUGAAACCAUAGAAGCAACAAAACGUUCGGCGCCUAAACCAAAAAUUAAAAUAACAGAAAAUAAUCGUGGAAGCUUCUUAGUUGAUAUGAAUAUGAAUCCCAUAAAAAUACAAAAAAAAAUAACUAAACCAGUCGAAAUAACAAAAAAGCCUCCUGAACAAAAAGAAAAGAAAAACAUUAAGGCUCACGUCUCAACAGUCUCAGAAUUUUGUGCAAAAUAUUUCGGUGAGCCAUCAGUACCGGCUCAAGAUUCUAAAUCAUUGAAUUUUUACACCCCAAUUCCUUCACAACAGAACAAUGAGGUGACUUCAAAUAAUCCAAAGCUUGGCACAAAUUUCAUAAAGAAGAAGAAAGUUACAUUUAAUGAUGUACCUGAAAUCAGAGAAUUUGAAAAAGAAAUCCUUCCAGAACAACAACUUCAAUUGAAAGAUAAAAUUGAGGAAAAUGUCGUUCGCAAAUUAUUACAUAUAAAUCCUUUGUGGUUGGAUAAGGAUAGAAGUAAUAACUAUUCAGAUGAAUUUAAAACAACAAUGCAAUUGAUGAAUCUGGAUGAUGAAAGUGUCGAUCAAUGCAAAACUUAUAUAGAAAUAGAAUUUUUGAAGAAAAUUUUCAUCGCACUUCAUGAAAAUGACAAAUGGAGUCACGUUACAGUUGAUGAAGUUUUACAUGUGGUUUCAGAUGAGAUUAUGAUUUAUUGUAGUGCUGGGGAUGUGCCUUUAUGUGAAGUCGGUUUGUUGAUGAAAGUUCAAUUUAAUGAUCCGGUAAAAUGUGAACUGCAUGAAGUUUUUGGAUAUUUAAAUGAGCAUACCAAGAAUAAAAUCGCAAUUACUGUUUAUAGCGAUAAUAUAAAAUUGCUUUCUGAUGUCAGUGUCAUCAAAACACAAACAAUUAUUAAUGUUAGUACAACUAUCAAUGAAAUGCAUGAUUAUAUCUCAUCAACUGAACAUUUACCUCUUCCCGUAACAAGUAAUUUCAUUCCAGCAUGGCUCGAAGAAGUGCAAAAUGAAGUAUUAAAAAAAAUUACUCAUUGAAACAUUGCCAAAGAUACACUAAAAAAAUGUUUGUGAUAUCUAUUUAAGAAUAAAAAGAA